GCGUCUCUGUUUUGAAGCAUUCACACCUGAGGCAUUUUGGUCACAACAGCGCUCUAAUUUUCUCCAAGAUGCAGAGGUGUGUUGUGACCUGUUUUCUAGCUCUUCUUGUGUGUGUGGUUUGGGCUGACGAGUGUCCAGGUGGAGGUCGCUGCAGAGAGGGACAAACCUGCUGCAAACACCCCGAACAUGGAUACGAAUGCUGCCCGUUUGACCAGGCUGAAUGCUGCGGGGAUCACGUGCACUGCUGUCCCGCCGGAAUGACAUGUGAAGUAGAGCAGUCCAGAUGUGUGAAUGCCUCUCUGUCUGUGCCAUGGGCUGAAAGAACUCCAACAUGGCAACGCGAGGUUUGCAAAUCUUUCAGAAUGAUCAAGUCAUCCUCCGGAGAGGACGGUGACAACAUCUGUCCCGACCAAUCACGGUGCCCGGAUGAGUUUUCAUGUCUGAAGUCUUUCACCAAAUAUGGCUGCUGUCCACUGGCUCAGGGAGUCCCAUGCUCCGAUGGAAAACAUUGCUGUGCCCAGGGCCACAGCUGCAGUGAAGAUGGACGCUCCUGCAUCAAGAAAGAUGUGUCGUCUACCGUCCUGUGCAGUGACGGGAUCUCUGAGUGUCCAGAGGAGUCCAGCUGCUGUGAGGGGGCGGACGGAGAGUUCGGCUGCUGCCCCAUGACUCGGGCCGUGUGCUGCGACGACAAGACCCACUGCUGCCCAGAAGGAAGCCUGUGCGAUCUCCAAAGUUCAAAGUGCGUGUCCGUAACGACCAAAAAGGAGCUGCCGAUGUGGGCCAAGUUCCCAGCCCGGAGGAGAGCUGAGUGGGAGAACCAGAAAGAAGAGCUGCAGGCGACUUCAGAAACAGUGGAUGUGCUGCGUCCAGGGGCGGGCGCCUCUAACGUCUCGUGUGAUUCUACAAAAUCCUGUAAAGACGAAGAGACCUGCUGCUCAGCUGGAGAGGGCAGCUGGUUCUGCUGUCCAGCUCCUAAUGCCGUGUGCUGCUCUGACCAUCAGCACUGUUGUCCUGCUGGAUUCACAUGUGACGUGGCCCAUCUCAGGUGUGUGAAUUCCUUUGACGCCACUCCAGUCAUGACCCUCCAAAAAGCUGUUGCAGUGAAGAGCCAGGAAAGUGCACCAGAGGAAGGAGAGAAGUCAGAGAGCGAGGAAGAGGAGGAUGACAAAGAGGAGGAUGACGAAGAGGGAAGAGUGCACUGUAGCAAUCAACACGCCUGCCCCAGAAACUCCACCUGCUGUCGCUUGGGUCACCGCCGAUGGGGCUGCUGUCCAUUGCCCAAAGCCGUUUGCUGCUUCGAUGGCAAACACUGCUGUCCUCACCGUCACCAGUGUCACCACUUAAACAAAGCCUGUGUCAAAGAUGGAGUGGAGAUCCCCUGGUACACCAAGCUCCCCGCCAUCACUAAACCAAAACCGCCAGUCACAGUGGAUGUGCUACGUCCAGGGGCGGGCGCCUCUAACAUUUCGUGUGAUUCUACAAAGUCCUGUAAAGACGAAGAGACCUGCUGCUCAGCUGGAGAGGGCAGCUGGUUCUGCUGUCCAGCUCCCAAUGCCGUGUGCUGCACUGACCAUCAGCACUGUUGUCCUGCUGGAUACCAAUGUGACUUAGCACAACAAAUGUGUGUGCAAUCCUCUGUCUCCACUCCAUUCACGACCACCCAAAAUUCUCCUACCCCGACUCCAACGCCAACGCCCACCCCCGCGCCCCAAGUGGAGACCCAGGAAAGUGCUUCAGAAGAAGGAAAGAAGACGGAGAGCGAGGAGACCAUCUCGAGCCCAGACUCAAACUCCAAAGACGUGCAGUGUGAAGACAGAUCUAGUUGCCCUGAUCACAACACUUGCUGCCAGCUCGCCUCCGGUGAAUACGGCUGCUGUCCCCUGGAGAAUGCCGUGUGCUGCCCCGAUAAGUUGUACUGCUGUCCCCAAGGCUACAGCUGUGACGGCUCCGGGGGCUGUGUUCAGUCCGUGUAUGUGCAGAUGAUGACCGUGCCUCUGACUACACCCAAACCUGAGCCAGAGGACAAGGGCUACGUCAUGUGUGGACAAAACUCAUGUUUAAAAGGGUCCAAGUGCUGCAGGAACAAUUUCUGCUGCCCUUAUCUGAAUGGCGUGUGCUGCAGAAACGGCUGCUGUCCCUUUGGUCAAAGCUGUAGCGCUCGUGGAGGGUGCAGCAUCGAGAGCAUGAGGUCCUGGGUGCAGUGGCUCUUCUCUCAGACCGAAGAGAAGAAAACUUUCAUGUUAUAAUCACACUUUUCAAAACAGCUUAAGGCGAUAUUUUAAAAUGAUUUGUUCUGUUACUUUUCUGCUGAAUCAUUUUCUGGUGAAUUUUAUCAAGACAAAAACACUUUACAAUAACUACACCCUGAUUAGUCUUAUUAAGAAAGUAUGAAUGAAGACUUAAGUAAAUAUGAAAACAUGUUUAUUAAGUGUGAUUCAAGCUUAGUAACUACUUAAUCGACACUCUAAGUCGGCUCUUUUGAUUCCUUAAUAGAUCCGGAUCUAAUUUUUUUAAAAUAACUGAAUCUUUUUCUUUCUAAUUUAUCUGCAUUUUUAUACAGAUUAACACUGAUCCAACACAAGAAUCAGAACAGAAGCAGAGCAGGCGACACAUUUUGGAUCAUAAUAACAGCUAGAUCUUUAUAAUUAUUAUUGCAGUGCCAAGUUUGAUUUAAAUUUUGCAUAAUCUGAGCCUUGGUCGUUUCUCUCUGUGAUUAGUUUGUACUUAAAUGAGUUCUCACAUUGGCUUCAGUCACAUACAUAAAUAUAAAAAGAGCGAGUCUUUUUAACGACUCUUUGAAAUGAACUGAUCCAAAAGAUUCGGAUCCCAUAAAGGAGCCAAAAGUUCCGUCACUUCUCCCAAGAUCUAAGCCUGAAUCAUUCUGAACAAACGUGUUUAUUACAGAUGAAGUCAUGUUUCAUGUUUUAUAACGGCUGUAAACAGUGUAGUUAUUUAAAGACAAUAAGACAGAUACUAUGAACAUCUCAAUGAACCUCGUUUUCAAAUCAAGUUUAUCAGUUUGACAGUUACUUUCAUGUCAAUAAAAUCAAUAAAAAGAUCAUUUUAUGGAUUACG